CUCGUUUUCUCGCGAGAUCUGACAACAUCGCGUGUGAAAGAAAAAAAACAAGAUGGCGUUCCAUCCGUCCGCCGUAAAACCAUAACAAUAAGACAAAUUGCGUUUGAAGCAGAAUGCAUGUGCUCACAUAUGAUGUUUAAUAGAGUAAACAUCGUUAAUAAUUAUCUGUAUUCCGAUACAUUGGCUUGAGCGCACUUUGAAGCUCCUCAUGUUAGCUUAGCAUGCUAGUUAGCUUAGCUCGUAGCUGCUAACCAAGACACGCGGAAGUCAUCAACACAUCGCUAAGUAGCGAUCAUGUCUGAGUGUAAGUGUUGUGAUUGUUGUGAAAAUGUGCGAAAGAACGAUAGCAGACUACGAGGAUGAAGAACUUUCUCCAACAAAAGAGAAGGAGCGACAACAUCAACUACUGGACAUUGUUGUCAACAAACAUCACGUUGUGUUACACAGAACAGAACUCCAGCAGCUGCCCCACAUUAAAGAGGAAGAGGAGUAUCCACGGCCCCCACACAUUAAAGAGGAAGAGGAGGAAUGUCGGAUCACUCAGGAGGGAGAGUGUCUUGUAGGGCAGGAGGAGGCUGAUCUCAGCAAGUUUCCACUGACUGUUGUCUCUGUGAAGACUGAAGAGCAUGAAGACAAACCACCUGAGUCCUCACAGCUUCAUCACAGUCCAAACAUCCAACAGCUGAUUGGACAUCAAGAAGAACGUGUUCCUCAACUGCAGGGGGGGAGCUUCACUUUAAAGCAGGAGAGUCCACAGCGCCCCCAUUUUAAGGAGGAAGAUGAGGAGCCACAGCCCUCUUGUAUUAAAGAGGAAGAUGAGGAGCUACAACCUCAUGUUGAAAAGGACGACAAGGAGCCACAACCCCCUUUUGUUAAAGUGGAAGAGGAGGAAGUUUGGACCUUUCAGGAAGAGGCUGAUCUCACCAAGUUUCCACUGACUGUUUUCUCCGAGAAGACUGAAGACCAUGAAGAAAAACCACCUGAGUCCUCACAGCUUCAUCACAGUCCAGGUGACGAAAACAGAAGGGAGGAGCUUCCAAGCAGCAGCUCAACACAACACAUGACAACAGAAGCUGAUGGAGACCACUGUGGAGGAUCACAAGCAGACAAGCUCUUAGCUCCACUAUCAGAUAGUGAGGAGACGUCAUCACAGGUUGAUGUUAAUAUGGAAUCGCACAUUAGAACACAAACAGGAGAAAAACCUUUCAGUUGUUCAGUUUGUGGUAAAAAAUUCUCUCUCACCAGUAAUAUGAAAUCCCACAUGAGAACGCACACAGGAGAAAAACCGUUCAGUUGUACAGUUUGUGGGAAACGAUUCUCUGACAGAAGUAACAUUCUAACACACAUGAGAACACACACUGGAGAAAAACCUUUCAAAUGUACAGUUUGUGGUAAAAGGUUCUAUGACAGGAGUAAUAUUCAAACACACAUGAGAACUCACACAGGAGAAAAACCUUUCAGCUGUUCAGCGUGCGCCAAAAGAUUUUCUGUCAAUAGUAGCAUGCAAAGACACAUGAGAACACACACAGGAGAAAAACCUCACAGUUGUUCAGUGUGCACCAAAAGAUUCUGCGACAAACGUAGCAUGCAUAGACACAUGAGAACGCACACAGGAGAAAAACCUUUCAGCUGUUCGGUGUGCGCUAAAAAAUUCUCCGUCCAUAGUAACAUGCAAAGACACAUGAAAACGCACACCGGAGAAUAACUUUUUAUUAUUUUUUUUAUUUUUAGAACUUAAUUAUGAAUAGUGACUAAAGGUUUUUUGAAGGGCUUCUCUAAAGUCUGGACUCUGGUCCAGAUUAGCCAGUCAGGACCCAACCAGUUCACCUUAUUUUAGGAAUUAUAAAUCGUUGUCUGCUUCCCACAAAGUACGAGUUGAAAAUAAAUCAACAAAUGUUUAUUCAGUGUUAAAUACAUUGUUUUUAGAAAUGAGUCACAGUGAUUUGCAACUUGUCCAACGUUUUAUUGUUCAAACAAAAAAUAUAAUAAAUACAAAUUAUAUUGAAUAAAAAACAUCCAAUAAAACAGGCCAAGAGAGGCAAAUAACUAUUUGCAGCCAGUAUUGGUAGAGUAUAUAAACAUUGAUAGCUCAUGAUAGCUAUUUAAAUCACUAUUAUUUGCUAUCAACACACAAAACUAAUGCGCAUGUACAUCUUAUGUGCUAUGCGUACGUCCUCAAAGGAGAACUGUACUUUUUUUUGGGAAUUCACCCUAUUGUUCAAAAUCAUGAGCGACAAGAAUAAAUGUCCUUUAAAAAAAUGUAUACAUUUUACAGAUAGCAAAAUUUUUAUUUGGCAAUAAGAGUCAAUGUUGUAGCCUUCAAAGCCUCUAAAACAACUUUAAAAGCCUCUACCAACGUUCUGUAUACACACUGUCUGCAAGUAUAUACAUAAUGUAGUAACAGGCACCUCCAUAACAAUAUUCAAUAUGUACAUUAUUUACCAUAUUUUGCUCAUUUUAAUCAGGCAGCACGGUGGGUACAGGGUUUAGUGCAUGUGCCUUACAAUACGAAGGUUCUGAGUAGUCCUGAGUUCAAUCCCGGGCUCGGGAUCUUUCUGUGUGGAGUUUGCAUGUUCUCCCCGUGACUGUGUGUGUUCCCUCGGGGUACUCCGGCUUCCUCCCACCUCCAAAAACAUGCACCUGGGGAUAAAUUGAUUGGCAACACUAAAUUGGCCCUAGUGUGUGAAUGUGAGUGCAAAUGUUGUCUGUCUAUAUGUAUUGGCCCUGUGAUGAGGUGGCGACUUGUCCAGGGCGUACUCCGCCUUACGCCCGAAUGCAACGGAGAUAGGCUCCAGCACCCCCUGCGACCCCAAAAGGGACAAGCGGUAGAAAAUGGAUGGGUGGAUGAAUGGUCAUUUUAAUCAAUUGCUCGAUUUAUUUUCGUUUCCACAGCAGCGCACAUAUGACUUCCGGCAACAAACUUCCUGAAACAAACGCGAGUGUAUUCUAAUCACGGCAAUCUUGGCAACAGACUACGAAUAUGACUCUUUUUGGACAAAUGAGCAAACACAACCUUUUUGUAGCUGAAUAUACGGAGGAUGAACUGCUGCUUAUAAAAGUGAGCGCGAAGAAGAGGGAGUGAGGUCCGUGCGACUUAUUCAUGUUGCAAAUCUACAACUUUCCGCCAAGCUAUGCCAAAUUAAGGGAGUGCUUACCCAAAUCAACUGGAAAUGUCCCUGGCCAGCCUGACAUAAAGGACAACAGUCCAUUGGUGGAGUGGUUAAGAUGACUCUGCGGUAAAAAAGUAUGUAUUUUUAGGUGAAACAGAAACUAAGAGAGUUAAAAGGAUUCUUGCAUCUGUUGAAAGGGAGACAAAGUAAACUGUUUCAGUUUGUUUACUUUGCUUAAAAGGUACACAUGUUCAAUGCUGACGUACACAAUGUAUCCUAAUGUGCCAUUUUGCUCAUUAGCUCUUAUGUUGGUCAUUGGACCCACGGUUGUCAGAUGUAAAUAAAAGACCAUUUGACCAUCA